UCUUAGAAGAGCAUCAUGCAAUAUCAACUGUGUGCGAAACUAGGUUUCUGGCAUCCUGAUACAAUUUCUCUCAGAGAACCGAAGUGACAACAGUAAAAGCUCACAGCCUGUAUUUGACAGUUUUCUGUUUCAGUCUUAGCGUGCAUACCUACACUGAUAUAAAUUGUCGUCAACGCGUCAAGGAUGCGACUGUAGCUGUCAAGGAUGGUUUGCUUUUUGGCACUUUUCAUUUUACUUCAGUGCAUCCUUCAACAUACAGUCACUGCUUUGGAAAACAGAGAUCCAAAUAUAGAGGAAAAUAAUCUACACAAACAGCUGUUUCACUACGAGACCUUGAAGAAGUCGGAUAUUUCUCUGCACGUCCGCCACCAUCGGGAUGUUGACACUGGACACGUAACGGCCAGAACUUACGUCACGUUCUUCACACUAGGAAUGAACUUCAGUAUGGUUUUAAAGGCAGGCUCUCCUGUAUUGGCACCUGGACUUCGAGCCCAUACUGUAGACAGGAACGGCAAGUAUGAGCCCCUUCAUGUAGACUCCAACGAUUUUCUCACAGGACAUUUACAAGAGGACAAAUCUAUUCAUGUGUAUGCUCAUUAUGAGGAAGACAUUCUCUGCACAACAGUUUACUUCCCCAACGAAACUUACUUUACCGAGCCGUCUUGGAGACAUCUUCCUUCAUCAAGUGGAUUGGAUCUGAUUAGUUACAGGCUUUCUGACGUUAACUGGAAUAAUAUGGGUGACUUUCCCAAUCCAGUGAUAUUACCACAUUUUUCAAACGGGUCAACUUCAAGCGACAAACAGCAUCAGAAAUUCAGACAAAAACGACAGAGUCAGUUUACAAAGAAACUGUGUUCCUUAAGACUUGUUGCUGACUAUUACUUUUAUAGCCAGUAUGCCAGGUUCAGUGCUUCUCGUGCUCUUCAGGCAAUGGUGAACUCCAUUCAAGAGGCAAACCGAAUAUACCAGGAUACACCGUGGGACUUAGCGGAACCUUUCGGCUGGGGCUUUGUGAUCAAACAGAUACUGGUUCACACAGAGUUAUCAGACGGCUAUUGGGGCGGACCAUUCAGCUAUAAUCUUAAAGAGAUGGAAUCGAACCCUUUCCUCAAACUUGACGCUUUUAGUAUACACGAAGAUCUUCUGAAGUUCUGCUUGGCACACUUGUUUACAACCACUAGCUUCGAAAAGGGAAUUGUUGGUUUAGGAUACAUGGCAAACGACAGACAUCCUGGAGGAAUAUGCUCAUCAUAUUACUAUCAAAUUAUUCCAAGGACCGGCUUGACGACUACUAUGACCACUACUGGAUUGCAUCUUGUUCGCACCCAUCAUCAGCUGGUCACCGUUCACGAGCUCGGUCAUAACUGGGGUUCUGAUCAUGAUACACCUGGCCCAUGCGCUCCUUCAGACGAUGACGGUGGUCGCUACAUUCAUGUACGAACAAUCCGUGCACGGAUACCAGCCCAACCACUUUCGGUUUUCGAGUUGCAGCAUAAGAUCUAUUUCUGAAACUCUGAGAUGGGUAAGCCAGUAUUGCUUUACAGAUAGUACCACAGACACAAUUUUAUGCGGCAAUGGAGUUGUUGACAUUCUAGAGGAAUGCGAUGCUGGCGAAGACGGUCUGGAGGGCAAAGACGAAUGCUGCAGCAGCAUCUGUCUGCUCAGAGAAAACGC